UAUCUAUUAAGUACAAAUGAGGCUAAGUCUCCUGUCCCUCGAUCUUUUCUUCCGCCAUUAACAAUCAUCAACUACCCAUCUUCUCUCCCUCUAAUCUCGUUUUUCGCCGCCUCUCUUUUUCCUCUUAUCAAAACGCGCCAUUUCUCAAACUUUUAACUUUUUAAUACUUUUUUCCAAAUAUCUCCCAAAAAUAACCAAUUAUUUUUCUUCUUAUUGAUGCUGCAGCUUAUUCCAGUUAUUUGUUGAAUCAAUCAAAUUAAUGGCUGUUGCAAAACGUGUGGUUCAAUUAGGUGCUAAUUGUGGGAUUAUAUUUUCUAAAUGCCAAGGGAUUAAUAAUUCUGCAUCUAAAGUUUUUAGUGCUGCUUUGUUGAUUGAUAGAUCACAAUCCAACGGUGUUGGUGGUGGUGGUUCAGUUAAUUUUUACAGUUCGGUGUCCGAUAAAUCCUCUUUUAACAAGUUUGAUUAUAGGCAAAUCUCACAGGUCGCUAAACCUAAUGGCAAGCGUGCCUUUCUUGUUGAUACAUUAGCUCUGGUUAGGAGAUUAGAAGCACGAGGUGUACCAUCAGAACAAGCAGAAGCAAUAACAUCUGCUAUCACUGAAGUUUUGAAUGAUAGCUUGGAAAAUGUAGCUCUUUCUUUUGUUUCGCGAGCUGAAAUGCAGAAAUCUGAGAUGGUUCAAGAAGCCAGCCUUUCCAAGUUUAAGUCUGAAGUACAAAGCUCUCAGGAACAUCAUUUUUCACUGCUGCAACGUGAAACUGAAAAACUUCGGAAUGACAUAGAAAAAAUGCGUAGUGAACUAAGGUAUGAGGUUGACAAGCUUACUGCCGGCCAACGGUUGGAUUUAAAUCUUGAAAGAGGACGCAUCCGUGAUGAGCUUGCCAAUCAAAAUGCAGAAACUACAAAUCUUACAAAUAAGCUUGAUCGAGAAAUUCAUGCAUUGAGGGCGCAAAUUGAAGCUGCAAAAUAUGAAGUGAUUAAAUACUGUAUAGGUACUCUUGUCUCUAUCUCCGCUGUUGGCCUUGCAGUGCUACGGUUAUAUACCUAAGACAUUCCAGAAGAUUCUUGUUGCUGAAUUUUUAAAUGAGCUCAGGUGCCCAGAUGUUGACAGUAUUCUUUUGAGAAGCUUGAAUAGAAAUCAACUACAUUGUUAAAUCCCUGUAAUAUUCACAACUUGGUAGAUAGGUUAACAAUUGUAUUCAUUUUCUUUCAAGCUUUGUUCAUUUGUUCAGAUUUAAGGAGGUAGCCACAUAUUCAAUGUUUGCUAUGGCAGUAUUCAAAAUAUGGUUGGUUGAUAAA